UGUGUGUGUGUGCGAGGGAGAGAAAGAGAGCGAGAACGAGGGCAAAGCCUCAGUUUCUGCCCUGCUGCUGCAAUUUUUUUUUUUUUUUGACGAGGACCAACCAACCUUUUUCAUUUUUUUUUAAAAAAAUAUACAAUACAAAUACCUAACCACCCCCCAAUUUCAUCUUUCCGGGAUUUUUAUUUUUAUUUUUAUUUUAAAAAGAGGGGGCAGGAAAAAAAAAUAUGUCGGUCUGUUUUGUAGAAACUGAUCAAGACUCGGUGGCGUUGAAAGCUUUCCAGAAGAUGUCCAGUGAUAGACAAAGGUCAGAUGAUGAAAGCCCAAGUACCAGCAGUGGUAGUUCAGACGCAGAUCAGAGGGACCCACCAGCGCCUGAGCCUGAGGAACAGGAAGAAAGAAAACCUUCUGCAACACAGCAGAAGAAAAAUACCAAACUCUCCAGCAAAACUACUGCUAAGCUAUCUACUAGUGCUAAAAGAAUUCAGAAGGAGCUAGCUGAAAUAACCCUGGAUCCACCUCCGAACUGCAGUGCUGGGCCUAAAGGCGAUAACAUCUACGAAUGGAGAUCUACUAUCCUGGGUCCCCCAGGUUCUGUGUACGAAGGUGGUGUAUUUUUUCUGGAUAUCACAUUUUCAUCUGAUUAUCCGUUUAAACCACCAAAGGUUACUUUCCGUACUAGAAUCUAUCACUGCAACAUCAACAGUCAGGGAGUCAUCUGUCUGGAUAUCCUGAAAGACAAUUGGAGUCCUGCUUUGACUAUUUCAAAGGUUUUGCUGUCUAUUUGCUCCCUCUUGACAGACUGCAAUCCUGCUGAUCCGCUGGUGGGAAGCAUAGCCACUCAGUACCUGACCAACAGAGCAGAACAUGACAGGAUAGCCAGACAGUGGACCAAGAGAUAUGCAACAUAAGUGAUGUUGACUACUUGGCGCAGUGUGAAGGUGCGGGGAUGCAGCUUUGCAGUGUGCAACCAAACUUUAUAGCCUUUACAAUACGGACUUCUGUGUAUAUGUUAUACUGAUUCUACUCUCUGCUUUUAUCCUUUUGAAGAUUGGAAUACUGCUUUCUCUCCCUCCUCCCCUUCCCCAAAAGGUAAAUGCUGUCAAGAGUAGAACUUUGUAGCUGUAGAUUAGUUAUGUUUAAAAUGCCUACUUGCAAGUCUUGCUUCUUUGGGAUAUCAAAAUGUAUUUUGUGAUGUAACUAAGGAUACUGUUCCUGAAGUCAACCAAAUAUAAUAGUGCAUUUUAGCCUAAUUCAUUAUCUGUAUGAAGUUAUUAAAGGUAGCUGUAGAUUACUAGGAAUUACGUCAUUUGUAUUAAGCCCAGAUCUAUUUCCGAUAUGUGGUACAUGCUGUUGUGAAAAAUGUUUAAGACUUUUACCUUUGUCAGUUUGUAACGAAAAGGAUUUCUUUUAUCCUUGUCCCCUCUCAUCACUACCCACUUGUAGCUCAGAGAGCAUCCAGUGUAUCAUCUCAAACACAAUAAACAUGUUCCCCAAGGAAGAGCUUCUCUGUUUUCAUAUUUGAAACUAAAAUGUGGGCAGAGCCAGUAGGACUGUUUAUAUACAGAUCCUUGUGGAAACCUAACGUAAGGCAAGAAGGCCCCACUCAGAAGGCCUGGAACAUCAUGAGACUUGUAGCUUGCCUCCAACAACGUUUCUUAAGGCAGAACUUCAUAACGCUAAACCUGGCAUUUAUAGCCAUAGACAUGUACAAACAGAUAAGCUAGAACACCAGUAAGGCUUUAAAAGGAUGAUACCUUCCAUCACUAUUUCUCCUCUCCUCCCAAUUGCUGCCUUGAAAUACUAACCAGUGUGGUGGUGGUAGGUAGUAGGAUCAUCAUCACUCCUGUAAAAUUCAUGUUAUAGCAUCCAUCACAUGAACAUCUGUUCUCCAGCAGAAAGGACAGAGGAAUGUUUCCACUAAAUCUGUAGAAUGUUAAAGUUCAAUGAUGUAAUGAUGGCAAAGCAAAAUUAGGACCAAUGAAGAAACUCCAUUGACCUUGUCCUUCCUCACUUCAUUCCUGGUAGUCAUGAGGUCCAACCACAAUGUUCACAGUUGCUAUUAUAGUUUGGGGAGAGGAAUAGGACCUUUAGGACCACAGUGAUGGGCAAGAUUAAGUCACUAGUCUUGCAGUCUCUUCUGCAAUCUCCUGAACCAAUAUUUUAUCAGCUGAAAAACAUAAAACACAACUUAGGCAACAAAUUUAAUCUCAUGUUUAGAUCGACUCCCAUUUUUCCUUGACAGAGGAAUAGUAUUGUUGAGCUGCACUUGAUGCCUAAUUGUUCUCCGUUGCAGCACAAAAAGCUUUGACACAGUGGGCAAAUAGUGCGGACCACAAUUUGCCAAGUGUAACAGCCUGUUGACUUGUAAACAACCUGACAACCUCCAGUUGCUUGAAACAAACUUUUCUACACUUCUGCAUCUGAUCAGAACCUGAAGUCCUGAAGAUGUUAAGAACUGUGAUACUGUACAAUUGUCUCUGUUGGAUGCCAAGGAGCUGAUGGAAACAUGACAUAUGCUCUGGUGUCAGUUGAUUCUUAAUUAGUCAGUUGAUUCUUGACCAGUGAGUGUAUAGCUGAUAAGGCCAUUGUGAGUAUAGUUGAUGGCAGGCAGGGUAAUCUUAUUAUUUUAUGCAUUCUCCAGGAUGAAGGAGCAAAUUACUGAAACUUUAUUGGAUUUCACAUAAUCUCCCACCUAUUUAUAUAAUUUACCAUAAAUAGGGUCAUCUUUAUAAUUCCAAAAUUUUGAGGAUUUUGGAUUUUGCCCAUAUUUUCUAAUUUGUAGAAGAUGUCCACUGCUCCAGGGCUUUAGAGGUAGGCUUCUGAAUUAUGGUAAACCCAUCUUCCAAAGCAGUACGGUUGCAUGAUUGGUUAUUCACAUCUCCGUGUGUGUCAUAAACAGUGUCAUGAAACUUCAAGUGAGUUUUUUUUCUCAAUGAGGUCAGAAGAAUAUCAAUCAAUAUUGACUUAGAAAUAACGAAUUUUUAAAGGAAAAUCAGUAACUUUCAGCACAAGAUAUGAUGUAGGCUUUUCUCCACAUCUUUCCACAUGAAAUGAAUGGGAUCCCCAAAUAGUCACGCAUAAUGUUCAAAUGCCUGAAUGAGGGUUACACAUAGUAUAUCCUUUCCAGAUACAUAGACUGAUACAUAGACUGCACACUUAGGAGAGCUUGAUGGAAACGUUACAUUUACAUAGAGAUUUUCAUCACAAUCUGCUCACCGCCAGGGUUGAUAGGCUGUCCUACCCAGCAAAAUAAGGUUGUGUGCAUCACAUGGAUAGCUUAGUCCACAGCACACGUUAAAUAUUAGCAUUCCUUUUCCCGUUGCAUGACCACCAUGGGCCUUUAUUUAUGUAGUGCAAACACCAAACAGUGCAAACCAGUCAUCCAGAAAGAUGAUUUGUGUUUAUGUGACAGAUACUCCUUACUAUUUAUGUUUCAGGCUUCUAGGUUCAAACUGAACAAAACUAUUGUGCAUGGUGGAAGGGUGCUGUUGAAGCACUUCUGUCAAGCAUUUUUGUACUUUUUGUAUAUUUCUGGCUGGAAUUCAACAUUUUUUUUUUAUCAUGCAGAGUAUUAACAAAUUGUAGAGGCUUCAAGAUGUGAGAGGUUCAUCUAUAAGACUUAUGGUCUCAGAAUAUGACACCUAGAGCAAUAUCAUUUGAGACAUACCUGCAUCCACUGCAAUACAGCUCAAAUGACAAACUAUCCUGUUUACCUCCCAGCUAAAUGUCAUUUUCACUUGGAAUUUUAAGGGUUUAUUAACAACCCAGGAACUAUUUCAGAUCCUGAAACAAGCACCCAAAAUAAAAUGCCUGUUCAUUACAGCAGCCUCCUCAGUAGGCAAUUGAUAAAGGCAAUGUGUUUUAACCUAUAUUUUGUUUGGUAUUAUAGGCUAGUUCUCACAGAGGCGUCAAAAGUAUUUCGGGGCUGUCCUGCCACAAAUGUUAGAGAGAGGCUACUCUAUCCUUUGCCCCAUUUCCAAAACAGCUUCUUCCACCAGAAAUUUCAACAAAAGGAAACAUUUUAACCUUGUGUUAUCAACAUUCUUGAUUCAUGGGCCUUCUUGUGUGAGGAGGUGUAAAGAAGUGCUUCAGUCAAGAUUCCCAAUUGAUCUCUGCAACAUAAACUCAACUCAUCUUUAGCAUUUCUUCUGUGAGAACAAUUCCUACAGCUAGUUUGUAA